CCCAGCGCUGCAAAGCAUUGUGGGAUUGUGAUUUCUCUCUCUCUCUAUCUAGACGUACGAGAGAAAGGGGACUCAGCUCAGUUCAGGCGUGGGGAAGUAUCUUCGGCAAAAGCCUAACACUUACAACUGCACCCUUUUCUACUUUUCUGAAGAGUAAACGAAAGUCAAGAUGCCUGCUGAACCCCCUGAGCCACCGGCAGACAAGCCCUUUGCAGCCAAAUGCACCAAGGAUACCAUCAACCUGGUAUGGGCUGGAACCACGUACGAUGGUGGAAGUAUCGUGACAGGAUACAUGGUGGAGAUGAGUGAGGAUGGUGGGAAGAAAUGGAAGAAUGUCGCUAAAGAUGUGUUCAGUACCAGCUAUGCCUGCAAGGGAGUCACUGAAGGCAAGAAGUACCAGUUCAGGGUCAGCUGUAUCAACGCCAAAGGAAAGUCGAAGCCUAGCGCCAUCUCGGAUCCUAUUGAACCUUGUGAAGGCGACGCCGAUAAGGACGAAGAGAACGAGCCAGAUGAAGCCGCAUUCGAGCCAAGGGACGUGAAAGUCCAAAAUAAAGAUGUGAAAGAGUUCUAUGAAAUCAGGGAGGAAUUAGGAAGGGGAAAAUUCGGCACUGUAAAUAAGUGUAUCGCAAAGGAAUCGAAAAAGACUUGGGCAGCAAAAUUCAUCAAGGCCGAGAAACCAGCGGACAAGGAAGAAGUUGAACAUGAAAUCGAAAUUAUGAUGAUCCUCCAGCAUCCUAAACUUCUCCAGCUGUACGACGCAUUCGCUACCGGGUCUAACAUGGUUAUGAUUCUCGAAUAUGUUUCAGGAGGAGAGUUAUUCGAUCGCGUGGUCGACGAGGAGUUCGAAUUGACAGAAGCUGUAGUAGUCUUCCUCAUGAGGCAAAUAUGUGAAGGAGUCAAGUUCAUGCAUGAAAAGGGUGUUCUUCAUCUAGAUAUGAAGCCUGAGAAUAUUCUCUGUGUCAGAAAAAACAGCAACAAAAUCAAAAUCAUCGACUUCGGUCUUGCUCAGAAAUACACUAAGAAUCUACAGGUGUCCUGUGGUACUCCAGAAUUUCUUGCCCCGGAAGUAGUUUCAUAUGACGACGUUGCUUACGGAACUGACAUGUGGAGUGUGGGUGUUAUCUGCUAUAUCUUAUUGAGUGGAUUUUCACCAUUCAUGGGAGAUAAUGAAGGAGAGACAAUGAGUAAUAUCCUCAAACUUGAGUGGGACUUCGAAGACGAGUGCUUUGAUGAAAUCUCAGAUCUCGCCAAGCAAUUCAUUGAAAAUCUGCUGGUGGAAGAAAAGAAUGACAGACUGACAUGCCCGCAGUGCUUAGAAUCUGAAUGGCUGACGAAGAAGGGUGUAGGAACUGGUGCUGCUCUGUCUAAGGCUAGGUUGAAAAAAUAUAUCAUCAAGAGGAGAUGGCAGAAAGCGUUCAAUGCAGUAAGAGCCAUGAUACGUGUAAAACGAAUUAUCUAAAUAACACCAUCACUGAAUUGAAUGAGCAUUACAAGAACGAGCGAGAGAGA